UUCAUCUGCUCCGCCUUAAGCCUUUAGACAGUUUACUGUCUUCGUCAAUAGGCAACUUUUGUUCGAAAUGAAACCGAGGGAGCGACACGUUCUGCUGCUGUGGAUGCUGGUCUGCUCCGGCGCGACUGAGGCGUUCGAUCCCUUCACCAUCGGGGCCGGUGUGGCAGGGACUGCCGCUGCGGCGAUGCUUUCACCCAUGAUUUACUGCCGUUUCAAAGAGUGCUGUCGACCAGACUGGGUUUCUUUCAAAUCGACAGGACUGAAGAAAGACCUGGAUAACAAACUAUUCGGACAGCAUGUUGCAUCACGCAUCAUCUUAAAAGCUGUGGAUGGAUUCAUGAGCAAUGACAACCCAAAGAAGCCUCUGGUGCUCUCUCUGCAUGGAUCGACCGGCACAGGGAAGAACUUUGCUAGUCAGCUGAUUGCUGAAAACAUUUACAAGGAGGGAAUUAAGAGCAGAUUUUUUCAUGUUUUCUCAGCCACACAUCACUUCCCACAUCCAAAACAACAUCUUCACACCUACAAGCAUCAGUUAAAGCAGCUGCUCAGAGAGAGUGUCACCGACUGUGAACGCUCCAUGUUCAUCUUUGAUGAGGUGGAUAAGAUGGAUCCUGAAUUGAUUGACAGUAUCAAGUCAUACCUGGACUACUAUGACAAGCUGGAUGGAGUUUCUUAUCGGAAAGCCAUCUUUAUCUUCCUCAGCAAUGCCGGUGGGGACAACAUCGCACAGACAGCUUUAGACUUCUGGAAAGCAGGACGAAAACGAGAGGAGAUCGGGCACAAAGACCUGGGAACAUCGCUCUCUCUAUCACUGUUCAACAACAAAGACAGUGGUUUUUUUCAUUCAAGUUUGAUUGACAAGAGCCUGGUGGACUUCUUCGUCCCAUUGCUGCCUCUGGAGUACAAACAUGUGGUCCAGUGUGCCAUGGCUGAGAUGAAAGCCAGACAACUUCGGCCGGACCAGGAUGUGGCAGAGAGGCUGGCCAAAGAUUUAGUCUAUUCCCCCAAAUCUGAAAGAGUCUUCUCUGCCACUGGCUGCAAGACAGUAGACACCAAGUUGCACUUCUACUUAUAAUAUCACCAUCGGAUGGAUGCUACGUUGGAUCACAACGUGCACUUCUUUUUUUUUUUUUUUUUUUUUUUUUUUUUUU